CCAGAUUUUGGAUCUACCUGCCAGCCCGGUCAACGCAGCUUUGACAAUCCAUUCCUUACUAGACACCACCUCGUACCAAUAGCCCAUCAUGAAGCUCUCAGUCGCUGCCGCCCUCUCCCUCGCCGCCAGCGAGGCCUCGGCCCACUACAUCUUCCAACAAGUCGGCGCCGGCACCUCCGUCAACCCGGUAUGGCAGUACAUCCGCAAGCACACCAACUACAACUCGCCCGUGACCGACUUGACCUCCAACGACCUUCGGUGCAACGUUGGCGCCAGCGCUUCCGGCGUCGAAACCCUCUCCGUUGCUGCCGGUUCCCAGGUCACCUUCAAGACCGACACGCCCGUCUACCACCAGGGUCCCACCUCCGUCUACCUCUCCAAGGCUCCCGGAUCCCUUUCCAGCUAUGAUGGCUCGGGCGGUUGGUUCAAGAUCAAGGACUGGGGUGCUACCUUCCCCGGUGGUGGCUGGACUUUGUCGGAUACUUACACCUUCACGAUCCCUUCGUGCAUUCCCUCGGGUGAUUAUCUGCUGCGUAUUCAGCAAAUUGGUAUCCACAACCCCUGGCCCGCAGGCAUCCCCCAGUUCUACCUCUCCUGCGCUCACAUAUCCGUGACGGGCGGCGGUAGCGCCUCCCCCGCCACCGUCUCCAUCCCCGGAGCCUUCAAGGACACCGACCCCGGUUACACCGUCAACAUCUACAACAACUUCAACAACUACACCGUCCCCGGCCCCGCCGAGUUUUCUUGCUCCGGCUCCGGCAACGGUGGUGGCUCUAACCCAUCCCAGCCCACCACCCUCAAGACCUCGACCGUCAUUGCCACCAGCACCAAGGCGGCUGCCACCACCACGGCCGCGGGCAGCCAGCCCACCAGCCCUUCCGGCUGCUCGGUGGCCAAGUGGGGACAGUGCGGCGGCAUUGGAUAUAGCGGGUGCACUUCGUGCGCGAGCGGGUCGAGCUGCAAGGUCCAAAAUGAUUAUUACUCGCAGUGUUUGUAAGGGGUUGGGUGAGGGCAAGAGGCUGAUAGAGGAAGGUGGUACGGGUGUCAUGGAGGAAGGUGAGGAGUUCAGACUUCGGAGAGGGGAAGGGGGGAGAAAGAUACGGGGAAGGUGAUUAAAGUUCUUGUGAAUACUUUGUGGG